UUCUGAUAACAACGAGUCAAAUAAAUAAGAAUUACUCUUUGUACGCUGAAACUUAAUGAACAAUAUAGUCAGUUAUCUCAAUUCUCUCGACCUGUCAGUCACAGAAAUAUUUUUAAGCCAUAAUUUACCAAAUUCUUAUUAGGAACGACAUAGAACAAAACGCAUUAUAGUAAGCGCUUCGCAUCAGCUGUUGUAAAAAAAAAAUAACGGGAUAUCGCGAACGAAAACUGGUCACACCGACGGCCACAUCAAAAAACUGGGGGUCUGGCGUGACCCUGUUAUUUCUAUCCUGCAAUAAAAUAGCUGUGUAAUUAAAGAUAGUUCGUGUGUGCUUCGAACAGUGUUUUAUAGUAAAUUCUAGUGUAAUUUAUGAAGAAAUUAUGGAACGCGCGACGGGAACAGAGGUGUACGGGUGUGGCUCGCCCCAAUCCUCGGACAUAACGCUGAAUAUACAAACUACUACGGGUGGUAAUUUCUCCAUCAGUUUGAACCCUAAAAAUACAGUGGAGCACCUGAAGAAGUUAGUUUCAAAGAAACUUAAGGUGUCUAAAGAUAGAUUAUGCUUGCUGCAUCGCGAAAGACAACUGAGGGAUGGGACGCUAGAAGAGAACGGUCUGUUGGAUGGGUCGAGGGUAAUCCUCCUGCCGAGCGUCGAGACGGGCUUGCUGAGCCAUAGACCCGAAAAUUCUGUGAUGCAAGCAUUGGAAUCCCUAAAUGACACUCAGGUUAAUGACUUUCUAAGUGGUAAAUCUCCAUUGAACCUGACAAUGAGGUUAGGUGACCAUAUGAUGCUGAUCCAGUUGCAAUUGUCCACCCUAAACUCGAGUUCCAGUGGCUGCAGAUCCUUGAGAACAUCCACACCUUCCAAAAACUCUUCAACAUCAAUACGGACUAGUAAAAGUGACGCCAGGGAAUCACCCAGCCCUCAGACAGCAACUCAACCUACCUGUACACCUGUGCCCACUGACCACUCUUACAUCAGUAGUGAAACACCUAAACCAGAACCAGCAGCUCCACAUGGGCUACAGAAGCAAGACUUUGAAAUGCUACAGAAUUGUUUUGACCUAUAUCGUUCUAUGGCUGAAGAGAAAUACAGUGACAAAAGUGAUGCUAGUGAUGACAAAGAUGAUACAAUGGACACAUCUAAUGGCACAAUAUCAGAUCUCUCUGAAACAUCAAUAGAAAGUGAGCAAUCUCCCAUCAAAUCUUUGUCCAACCUAGUGUCCAGUCCCAUAGAUGCAGCUGCCACAGAAUCUUCUCCGAAUAAAGAUGGUGCUGUCAACUCUGUGAAAAAUAAUAGAUUGAUAGAUUUUCUCACACAAAAUAAAAUAAGCAAUGAUGUGAUACCCUCAACAAGUGCCAUCAGUGACAAGCAAAGCCCCUCAACAUCCUCUCACACUCCAGACAGUUCUCUCAGUGAUGACAGUGAUAAUUUUACAGACCAAAGUUCAUUCCUUGCUGAAAGUCCUAUAGAUGAAUAUCCUAUGGAAAACCUUUUCAACAGUGCCGUUGACAAAGGAUUAUUUGAAGAUCAAGAUGAAUCUAUGAUGGAUAGGGAAAUAUCUAAUCUGGCUACAACUAGUCAUGGCAGUCAAGAAACUAAUUCAGGCACUCUACCACCUUUCCAAAGUAUAAAUGAACCUUUGAAAAAUAAGAGAUUCCAGUAUUUACUGCACAAGACAUCUAAAUUCAAACAUCCGAUUGGUCAAAAUAAACAGAAAGCAUUCAUGCAGUCUGUUGUGAAUAAACAUAAGAAAAGAAUGCAAAGUCGACAGGACACUAAUUUAUCUCAACCUUCCACCUCUAGAACUGAGCCUUACAUAACUAAUUCUAGGAAACUAAUUCUGCAGCCUAGCAGUGGUCAGACUGAGGAUAAUCCCACUCCAUCCACAUCCAAGCAAACUGUAUUUAAGGCACCAGAUGCUCCGAAGAAGCCACAAAGAGCAUCACCAACACCUCCAGUUGACACCAAAGCUCUCAUUGAAGCCUCAAAGAAUUUGACUCAGAAACUAAAGAAAUUGUCUAAAGAGGUGUUGACUAAUAAAAUUGAUCUGAGGACAGCUGAGGAGACAGUGUGCAGAAAAAUUGGUCCCGGCGCUGUGAUAGAGUCCAUGAAGCAUCAUGGCAAAGGAAUUUAUUCUGGGACUUUUUCAGGUACACUGAACCCAGCUCUACAGGACAGAUAUGGCCGACCCAAGCGAGAUAUAUCUACAAUAAUUCAUAUACUGAAUGACUUGCUAUGUGCUGCGCCACCCAUAACUAUAGCUCAGAAGGACGCGAGCUACUCGUGUGCGACGAGCGCGACUGCGGACGACGGCAGCAAGUGCCUGGGCUGCAACCAGCAGGCGUGCCUGUACGGCCAGUGCGACGGACACCUGCCGUCCACGUCCGCCACGUCGGUGCCGCGGCGCUGCACGUGCGACGGGCCCAAAGACUGUCAGUGUCGACGACUCGACCCAAAGCUGUGCCUUGCAUGCGUCGGCAAGUCCGCCGAUAAGAUAUGCAAGAAAUGUGAUACUGCUAAGACUCUAGCCCUGGAGAAUUCUAAAACUAAAUGCAAACUGGAGCAACUAAGGCUCGUGAUGCAACAGAAGAAGCAGAGGCGUGAAGCACGGAAACUAAAGACUUUGCCUUAUAGCAACGCGCCUUCCAAGACGAUAUCGUCGCCCGAGCAGGCGCCCGUCAUACAACAGGAGGAAAUAGAAACAGUUGCCUAACACUCGGUUACAUCCGCGUAAAUUAUUACUCGCGCUUCUAGAUUUGUAACGGUACUCCGCCAUCUUGUCUUGCUUUUGUAUGGAAAUUACUAAUUGUUUCAGUUAUCUCACUAAAAGUAUAUCACAUUAUUUUAUUUAUGCACAGGAUGUAUUCCAAUAGCAGACAUUGGUGACUUGACAAUUAAAAAAUUGUUACACUGUGUUAUCUUUGUGUAGUUAUUAUCGACCGUGCAUACUUAAGUUUUGUUAAUGCGUGUCGACGAUACAACUCCAAGAUUUAUUUUACGCAUUUUAAAUGACUAAUGUUUCCUAGAUAUACAAAAUGAAAACAUGCUAAUGGUAAAAUAGUUUAUUGUACAGUCAUACUGGGUAAAACUGGAUCUACUUUGUAAUAUUGAACCUCUUUAUAUCAACUCUUUUGGUUGAAGUAAUUAUUUUAUCAGAUUGUAGUGACAAAACUUGAGCAUGCAUGGGGCGCAAAAACAUGAACCGAGUGCGGACGAUAUUCUAAAUUACCAUAUUAAAUAGUUUGGAUAUAAUAUACCCAAUAACUUUAAGUGCUAUUUACGCAUGUACAAAUGAUAAAGAUUGAUUAGCGAAAUCACUAGUUCGUAGCUAAAGUAAGAUACACGACAUACUUGCCUGGCGCGGCUUCAAAUUGAUUUUUGUUGUUAUAUUUUAGAUUUUAUUUUAUUGGUUCGAAGUUUUAGACACUUGUGUACCUAGUAUAAUUUUUUGAACAUCAUCUAUUGAUUGAUAUUCGACAUUACGGGGUUUAUUAGUAACUAACGCAUUUUAUUAAUUCAUCCUCUAAGAAAAAUUUAUAAAUUUAGGACAAGUGAUCUUAUAUCCCACUUUUUUUAGUUAAUAAUUGGCACUGUUAUUCUUAUAGUUAUUUUUUUCUUUGUUUUUCUUUUCUCCUUUCACGGAUAUGUUGUUAAAAAUAAUAAAAAUGUUUUCUGGAUUACACAUGUUGCGUUUAGUUUGUUGUAUUUUUUAUGACAAUUUGGUUUCAAUUAAUAUUUAUUAUGUAAAGAAUUCCAAUGUGUAUAAACAUGAGAAUGAACUACCGCGCGAUGACGAUCAUAGAGACACUAGAAAUAGCUUUGUACAUACAUAAUAUUAUGCAAAAGGUUUGGUAGUGGUAAAGUGCUUUUUGAGUAUAAUUCAUCGAUUUUAUAAAAAACUUAUCGUUCAAUUGCCUAGAAAUAAUUUAGGGGUUUAUUGUGAAAUAUCUGUGAAUACUAAUUAGUAGGUUUAACUAGAGACCCACUAAACAGCGGCAGGACUACAAGCGCUAUAGAAUUGUAUAGAAAAUACAGAGACAUAUGUUAUGCUUAAGUUAACAUUGAUAAUCUCCCAAUUUGAUUGUUCCUUGAGGGUGUAUGUGUAACUAAGCAAAGAAAUACUGUAAAUUAUCAAAAAAUAGACAAAUUUUGCGUCUAAACACCACAUUGGGAAUGGUUAUCAUGUAUUACUGACUAGUCUUCCAAAAGAAGUCCAGAAUAAAAUGUUUUCCUCAAUCCGAUGAUGGUAAGGGACCAAAGACCAGGCCAAAACAAUUCAUAAGCAAUAAUUAAAUUCUUAUUAUAUCAUAUCCACUUUACCCGGGCCAGGUUAUGGUCAUGACUGAACGGCGACUUCUGAACAUGAGAAGUGUUGGAGAGGAAAGCAAAUGAGAGAAAGUGUCUCUAGAUUGUCCCUUUAUGCAUUUUAUUUCUCCACAAAAUUUACUAUGCUCUUAUUUUCACGUGAUCUUCAUAUCACACCUCACAGUGCGAGACUUAUAGUAUUGCUGUGUAAUUUGCUGGAAUCAUUGUUAUGUAUGCUGUCUUCCAUUUUGUUAUAUGCAUGUCGUUCUAUGAUGCUGUGCACGCCUCACUCUAGUUGGUAAAUCCGCUAUUCAGUCGUGACGAAUUGUUUCCUUCCAAAGUGCCUCUAACUGUAAGGUACAUUGUAUUUAGUGUUGUGCCAUACGUGUAUACUAUUUAAGUUCCAUAAUUUAAAUGUUUAUGGCACUAUUCCAAGUUCGAAUGUUCUGUUCGAUCUCUUACCAAUCAUGUUCCUAAGAUCUCAAUUUAUUUUUCCGACAACUGUAAUGUUUUGGCGGCAAACUUAUUCGGUCUAUUGUUUUUGUAAAUACAUUUUGUUACCGUUUAAUUUAGUCGUGAUGAGUUUUUGUUAUAAGGUUUUGAGGGAAAAUCGUAAAUUGUUUUUUUGUCCUUGUAUUGCAUGUCUAGUGAGGAGAAUAAAGUUACAUAACAAAAGUA